CUGUCAAUUUAUUAUUUUUCGCAAAAUUUUUGAAGAACUUGCCGUAAUUGUCCUCCGCUCCGAUCCGUCCUCUGUUCCGAACCUCUUUUCUCAAAGUCUCAUUCUCUCUCUCUCUCUCUCCUCUUCCUCUUCUCUUUUCGUGCUUCCUUCCCGGCGUGGUACGAAGGAACCGGACGGAUCCGCCUCCUAGUCUCCUCCUCCUCCGGCAUCCGCUUGGUCGCGGCCGUCGCCUAAGAGGUUCUCUGAGGAGGAAAGGUUGUUAUCUGAUAAUCAAUCUCAAGCAUGAAUUACAUUAUUGGAGCAUUCAAGCCACCAUGUAACAUUACAAUCUCAUUUGCUGAUGGGAAAACCCGAAAAAAGGCUUCUAUAAAGAAGGAAAAUGGACAGACUGCAAUGGUUCCACUUUUCCAAAGCCUAGAAAACAUUGUAGGGGAGGUGUCUAUCGAACCUGUUCAAGGAAAAAAAAUUGAACAUACUGGUGUGAAAAUCGAGCUUCUUGGUCAGAUUGAGCUAUAUUUUGACAGAGGAAACUUUUAUGACUUUACCUCUCUAGUGCGGGAGCUUGAUAUUCCUGGUGAUAUAUAUGAAAGAAAAACUUUCCCAUUUGAGUUCUCAUCAGUUGAGAUGCCCUAUGAGUCAUAUAAUGGUAUCAAUGUGAGGUUAAGGUACAUUUUGAAAGUGACAAUCAGUCGGAACUAUGUAAGCAACAUUGUCGAGUACCAAGAUUUCUGGGUUCGCAACUAUACCCCAGCACCAACAAUUAACAAUAGCAUUAAGAUGGAAGUUGGCAUCGAAGAUUGUUUGCACAUAGAGUUUGAAUACAAUAAAAGCAAGUAUCACCUGAAGGAUGUUAUAAUUGGGAAAAUCUACUUUCUUCUCGUAAGAAUCAAAAUAAAGAAUAUGGAACUUGAGAUCAGACGCCGAGAAUCAACUGGUUCAGGGCCCAACACAUAUGUUGAGACAGAGACGCUAGCUAAAUUUGAGUUAAUGGACGGUGCUCCUGUUAGAGGGGAAUCAAUCCCUAUAAGGUUGUUUCUGAGCCCUUAUGAGUUAACACCUACAUAUCGCAACAUCAACAACAAGUUCAGUGUGAAAUAUUUCUUGAAUCUUGUUCUCGUGGAUGAGGAGGAUCGACGGUAUUUCAAGCAGCAAGAGAUCACCAUAUAUCGCCUCCAGGAGACUUCUUGAGGUUUAUGGUCAAGAGAAGCUUCAGAGUUUGUAAAAGAAACUACCAAUGGUUCUGAUUUAACUAGUGCAUCAACUUUUCUUGAAGACUCCGAAUUGGAUUGUCUUUGCUCAUGUUUUGCUAAUCAACUUGUGUGACACUCGAGCUUCCUCGUGACGCCAACUGCAGACCCUUGUAUUAUGACAAUCUGCAAGGCUGCCAGCCAAAAUGCUUAUGAUUUGUGAAUGCUAAGAUUUUCUUCGCACUAUCAUCGACAUCUUUCCAUUGUGAAUAAAACAUUCUACAAUAGUUUGAUAAA